CGACACCAAAAAAAUAGUUCCUAACUCGACGGAAAAGUAAGUUCAUACAUCAUGAAGAGCUAAUCAAAUAACAGAAUUUUCAUUUUUUCCACUGAUUUUUUUUUUAUGUGUUAUCUCAAUUGAUUAAUUACAAGUAUUAUUAAAGAAGCACCAUAUAUAAUUAGCAAAUAGACACUCUCACUCUCUCUACUUCUCUCGCUUUCUCUCUCUCUCUCUGAAUCACUAUCUCUUCCUCGAGUUCAAUCACCACAAACUCACAAUCAAAUAUACACUUAGACACACUCAUCUGAAUCUGAAACCGAAUCUCUCUGCAGAAGCACACAUUAUUGAUGGAGGAGAAGUGGAAGCUGUCGAAGAAAGAGACAACAGCUUCUUCUUCCUCCUCUAAGUCAAAGUUUUCUAGAAGCUUCUCAACAAGUGCUUCCUCCACAAAGUCUCCAAUAUUCGUACGGAGUUCCUCUACCAAAUGCUCUGUUCCUUCUUCCUCCUCUUCCUCUUCUUCUUCCUCUUCAAUCUCAAGAAGCUUCUCAAGAAAAGAGAGAAGAUCUUCUUCUUCAUCAUCUUCUUCUAUCACUCAGAAAUAUAGCAGCUUGGCUAAAGAACAGAAGGCAAGGUUUUACAUCAUGAGAAGGUGUGUGGCUAUGCUUGUUUGUUGGCACAAACAUGGAGAUUCUUAACUAGAUCUUCAUCUUCUUCUUCCUUUUUUUUGUUUCCUUGUAAUUAGAUCAGUUUGAUUAUUAAGGGUUUCCAUACAAGUACAUUGUAAGAAGAGAUUUUGUUAAAAAAAUUUAGGGUUUCUAUGCUAAUUUUUUUCAAUUAUAUGACUUGCAUAUGCUACAUAUAUACACAAUCAUAGAUAUGUGUGGUGUAUAUGUAUCAUUAAUGCAAGUAUUUACUUUUUACAUUAAGAAAGGAAUGAUUGAUGUCUUUGUUUAGAUUUCAAAUAUUAAAAUGCAAUAUCUGGAGGAUUAGUGUA